GGCUGAGGGAAAAUCCAGGCUAUUUAUAAGGGAUGAUGAGAGGUGGGUCCAGGGUGAGAAUCCAGUGGGUAAAGGGAAAAGUGGUGUAAGGGAGAAGUAAUACAGGGCAGGGGCCGAUAAGGUAGGACGGGUGGAACAGUGCAGUGAACAUAAACCAAUGGGGGGGGGGGGGGGGUACAAGGAUACAAGAACUUUCCAGAGCUGGGAGGAGACAAGGGAUGACAUAACUGGGAAUAGAGGCAACCAAUGGGAAAUGAGGGUUAUAAAGCUUUACCUUAAAGCUUUACCAUGAAGAAUUUUUAAAACCUUUGACAACCUUCUUAGGAGCUAUUCUAAACUUAAACAAAUGCCCUCCAAGGUCUGGGGCCACGGGCCAACUCCUCACCCAAAACACUGGUCUGGCUUGGGAUGUCAGUCAGUCCGAUUCCUACACUGGGCCUCUGCAUGAUAUUCACCCAGAAGCUGCCUUUCAAGGACUGAAGUGGAACAAAAGGUAUAAAAGAAAUGUCAUUCCCAGAGGGAAAAUAGUUUCAUUUCUCUUGUGUCUGCGUUUUUUUUUUUUUACAGUUACCUCAAAAUUUCCGGAUCCAGAACAGCUACUCUGAGUUUUGGUAGAGAUUCCAAAGCAGGAUACAGUAGGUUUCAAAGUACACCUUGGAAAAUCAAUUGUUUGUCUGCAGCAUGCAGCAUGUAGGUGUGAUGUCUGUAACUGGUCUUAGUUGAUGCAGAGGUACUUGGAAAAAAAUGUUUAAUCUUUCAUCUCUCCCCACCUGCAUUCUUCCUCAGUGUACUUUUUAUUCAGCAGGACUCGGAUGAGAGAGAGAGAGAGAGAGAGAGAGAGGGGAACUCUCUUCACAUCAGCGUCAAAGGAAAAAGUGUUCAGCGACUUACAGUCGUAGUGACUGUUCUGUGUAAAAGCAGGAUUGUUUUGCCAUCAGACCUUGCGUGCCGUACCAGUCUGUGCGUUAACAGGUGUCUAAGAAAGGUCAAAAGGGAAUAACUCCAUGUCGUUCACUGGUGUGAAUCUUGGUGGGGAGCAGAGCCGAGAGUUAACUGCAGUGAGGGGGAGGUUACUGAAGCCCCAGUUUGUUUCCAGUGAGCGUGGUGUUGUGGUGUUCAAAGUUACAGGUGCCUGCUGGCCUGGAGCUGGAUACUUCUGCCUCUGCUUUCUUUGGGGGUUGAUGAUUCCUUAUGUUUAUGUUGGCGUGCCAGACAAAUUGUUAAAGGUAUUUCCAUCAGACCUGGUUUGAAUGUGUUACCCCUUCAUUUAAUUAAAAGAAAAAAAGCCCCGCUCCAUCACUGCUGCUGUGAUGUGUGACAAAAGCCCAUCUUCCCUCCCCUGGGAACAGGUGAGAGAUGGAACUAAACCCCAAAGGAUUUUCUGCUCACUGAUGGCACGUGAGUCUUCUUGGGAAUUCUCUGCCAAAUGUGGUCAGUUGUUUUUGAAUGUGGCCAUGCGGGGAGUCGAACGUGCCAGCCCAGAUCUGCAAACAUGCAGUGCCAGAAGGAGAAGCCUUGAAAUGUAAACUGGGAUUUAUUCACCUGACUCGCAAGUGUGUGUGCUGUGCCCAGGUCCCCUGUCCAAAUCCUGGGCGGGGAGAAGCCAGGACUGCACAUUCCUUGUGAUAGGAAUUCAGGUUUUUUUGGGGGGGUCGGGGUGGGGGUUAAAUACAAAUGAGAUGCCAGGGAGGGAAUGGCUCCUACGUGUAAAUAUAUUUGUCCUAGAGGAGCCCUGCGCAGUCUGACUGCUGCCCAGUGCUGCUCCCUGACUGUACCCUCUCUUGGUGAGCCUCUGCCCUGCUGGCCGUGUUUUUGUUUUCUGGUUUUGGCUUUUUGUUUUUGUUUUUUUUUUUUUUUUUAAUUUCAGCCUGCACCCCGAUCUUCAUUUUCUUCCCGUGUCCUCUCUGCUGCCACUCUCCCUUUCUGCCUCGUGUCCUCUGUCUCUGGUUUAUAAUGUGUAGACUAUAUGGAUAUAUGAAUUCCACGUAAGUAUGCCAAAUAUAAAUAGAAAAAUGAAUUGAAAUAUAGUUUUAAAAUAAAGGGGUUUUAAUUUUCUGUUUUGUUAGAGGCCGGGCUUUUCCAUAAAUGAUAUAAAAAUGUGAAGAUAUAGAAUAUAUAAAUGUGUGUGUGUGUGUGUGUGUGUAUAUACAUAUAUAUACACACACAUAAAAUACAAAUGUUAGUAAUAUAAAGAUUUCUUAAUAAAAAUAAUAUUGUACCCAUGUUGUAAUUGAUGCCAAUAUACAUUAAAUUCAAUAUCCAAAAAUAGGUAUUGAUUAUGAAUAUAAAUUAAUUAUUAACAAACAUAUAUAUAUAUCUAUAUAUAUAUCUAUAUAUAUAUAUCUAAUGGGUUUGGGGUUUUUUUAGUUUGUUCAUGGCAGGGAUUUUUUAGUUUGGGUCGGGUUUUUUUGGGGGGCAUUCGUUUAGUAGGAUUUUUUAAAGGGAGGGACCUCGAUGUUUUUUGGCCCCUUGUCUCUCUGUCUGUGUGUGUGUCUCUCUGUCUGUGUCCCCCGUGUCCCCAAAGAGCCGCGGCCCCGGGCUGAGCUCGGCCGCAGUGCUGCCGCCUUGUGGGAAGAGAUCGGUACUGCAGCCGUGCCCCGAAGCGGCGACCGGCUCCUCCUCGGCGCUGCUGCGGGAGGGCGGUGGGGCGCGAAAUGGUGCGCGUGACCUUCUCAAGAUGGCGGAGGGCCCAAGGUGACGAUGCCGUUCCACUGGGACCGAUGCGACGCUCGGGACGGCGGACGCAAUAGGACCCCGGCAGAGAUACGCUGGAGGGGGGGGGUUGUCCUUUUUUUCCCGCCCUUUUUUUGCCGUCCUAUGUAGAAGGUCGGGUGAGUGAUAGCCGGGUCGCCAUCUUGGGAGUGGCACGCUGCAAUUUCCGCCCUUCCUGGCUCCAUCUUUGUUCCUGGCAGAAGCCACUUCCGGUGGCGUUGCCAGCGUUGUCGUGGUAACUGUAAAGCCCCAGAUAAUGGUGUCUCUUAAAGUCGCCUGCCUGAAUCCGACCCCCGACGCUGAUCGCGCGCUCUCCCGCCGCCUGUCCCACGAGCCAUUUCCAGCACCGCUGACCAGUCCGCGCCCAUCCGCGCCGCGUAAAAGGCGACGGAAAAUCGCGCCGAGAACGCGGGAUCGGUUUCGGGACCGGAUUCAGGCAGGCGAGUUCAAUAAUCGCCAAUGUAGGGGGCCUUCUUUUUCGCCUCCCGAAACAAAGAUGGCGGAGGCACCGGAAAUGGCUUCUGCCAGUACCAAAGAUGGCGGCAGGGAAGGGCGGAAAUUGCGUCUCGACCCUUCCCAAGAUGGCGACUCAACCGUCACUCGCCCGACCUUCUGCAUAGGGCGGCAAAAAAGGGGCGGGGAAAAAAGGACCCCCACGGGGUGUGGACUGCAUUGCCUGCCCGCGACGCCGACGCCGAUCCCUCCACCCCGGCGCGAUUUUGCGCGGCGUUUCCCAUCGUGCCCACACGGGCUGUGGGCUCAGCGGCGCCGCGGACGCGCGGGAGCCCGGCGGGCGCCGACAGGCAGCGGCGGGUCCGCCCCUCUCUCUGCCGGGGUCCUUCCACGGCCGCCGUCGCGGAGAGCGACUCCCGUCCCGCCGCGCCACCUCUCCGCGCUACCCGGUUCCGCUCCUGCCCGGGGAACGCAUCGACGAAGGAAGAGCGGUCGCCCAGCUCCCGGAGCCAUCGCCCUGCCCGCAGCCGGGAGCAGCCCGCAGGAGGAGGCAGCUGCUCUCUCUGCCGGAGAGGACCGGAGAAAUGGUUCCACUCCUCCCAUCUUUGCCAAAAGCUGUGCUGUUUGAGGAGCCAGAGCCAAGGUGCCUUCAGCACCAGGGCUCUGCACUGGAGGGCUCCCGGUCCUGACCGCGCAGGGUUCCCCUUUUCCUCCCCCCUGGGAUGAAGUGUCUAUGGAAUCUGGGAUCUGGGUGAAACUGCAGCUCUGCUGGUAUCCAGGGACGUGAGGUUCCGGGGGACUGCGUUUCCCUGUGGCUUUCCAGGUCGGCAGGAGCCGGAGGAAAUGGGGUGCCAGAGCCGUGCCCCAUCAGGCCGUGUUUGCCUCUGAGGAACAGAGAGUCCGGGCUGAGGUGAGAUUGCCAGGAGUGCUUGGAUGGAUGAGCUGUGCGGGGAACGGGGAGCUCGGAAUCGCAGCUGCUGCUGGAUCCAUUGCCUUAGGUCUGCUCCGUCUGUGUCUGUGCCAAGUGGGAUUUGUGCUGGGGAGAGAGGUGCUGUGGGGAGCCAAAGGUGGAGUAAAUCCUCUGUGGGGAUGGGCAGCGAAGGACUGAGUAGCAGGGAAAGGAGAGGAUUUCUAAAGGAUACGACUGUUUCUGCCAAGAGCGGGGUGGAGCAGCGAUGGGGGUAGUUGGGUUUGGCCUGGG